AGGGCGGCGUAGGCGGCGUGUCUAUGGAAGCGGCGGCGGCUGAGCGGAAGUAGCGGGCGGGCGGCAGGAGGCGAGGCGAAGCGGCGGCGGCGAGAGAGUGACCGAGGAGGAUGAACAACAAAUUCGACGCUCUGAAGGAUGAUGACAGUGGAGAUCAUGACCAGAAUGAAGAGAACAGCACACAGAAAGAUGGUGAGAAGGAAAAAAAUGAUAGAGACAAACCCCAAAGUAGCAGCAAGAGGAAGGCUGUGGUUCCAGGGCCGGCUGAGCACCCCCUGCAGUAUAAUUACACCUUCUGGUACUCCAGGCGGACACCCGGGAGGCCCACCAGCUCUCAGAGCUACGAACAGAACAUCAAGCAAAUUGGCACCUUCGCUUCCGUGGAGCAGUUUUGGAGAUUUUAUAGCCACAUGGUUCGUCCUGGGGACCUGACGGGCCACAGCGACUUCCACCUUUUCAAAGAAGGAAUUAAACCCAUGUGGGAGGAUGAUGCCAACAAGAACGGCGGCAAGUGGAUCAUCCGUCUCCGGAAGGGCUUAGCGUCUCGGUGUUGGGAGAACCUCAUCCUGGCAAUGCUGGGAGAACAGUUCAUGGUGGGUGAAGAAAUCUGCGGGGCGGUCGUCUCCGUCCGAUUCCAGGAGGACAUCAUCUCCAUAUGGAACAAGACGGCCAGCGACCAAGCGACCACGGCCCGGAUACGGGACACGCUGCGGCGAGUGCUGAACCUGCCCCCCAACACCAUCAUGGAAUACAAAACCCACACGGACAGCAUCAAGGCCUGGGAGGAGUUUCAUGGGCUGGUGAACAGCGGAGGUCGCUGAACGGGGGCUCUUGCUCCCUCUCUCACACACCCAGGGGAUAACUCAAGCUUCCGAAAUACCAAAAUCGCACUGUGAGGAGCAGAAGGAGGAGGGGAUACAGCACUCAGCUCCUCCUCAGCCUGGCCCACAAAAGGGGGGCGGGGGAGAGGGGUUUUUUUCUCCUGUAUGUGUGUGUGUCCGCUGGCUGAGGAGGCUCGCAGGAUGGCCUGGGCAUUUGACACACGCACCCCCCCCCCGACAAUGGCUUUCCCCCCUGUGCCAAAGACUGACCUUCCGGCACCCAGGCAUCUUGGUCCAGCCCAGUGGGUGACCGUACUUUGCAUUGCACACCGGAGCCCGGGUGCCCUACCGCCUGCCUUCUCUUCGAUGUGGAGGGCCCUCCUGCCAAGUGGCCCUUCCUGCCCAGGGAUUUCCAGUAUUAACCAGAUGUCUGCUGCGGAGGCGGAGGCAGUCCGGCGAUUGGCAGGUGCCCCCAUUUCACCUCUGCCAAUAAACGAUUAGGCCUCUA